AUGCAUUGCAUCGUUCCUCACAGCCUACCAAAUAUACGUGUGCUAGUGAUUAGUUGGAUUAAACGAGAUGGUCAUCGACAAAACCAAGAGCAGAUUUAUGGACCCAAUUUUUACAAUGAUUGUUUUAGAAGUAAACUGGUGAUCCGAGUGACUCCAAGUCUCAGUCCGAGGAAUACUUCUCAAGCAAAUCAAACCAAGGGAGAAUUACCAGUUUUCUUAGUGGCCAACACAUCUUGGGAUGUAAUUGUAACUUUAAACUUGAGGGCAUUGUCAAACUUGCAACAAAAUUGCCUAAAUCCUACUAAAUCCUAUUUGGAUAUAAUUAAUUCUUUUUUGUUCGGUGAUUCAGAAAAAGAGAUUUUAAUAAAAAUAGGUUUUUAUGAAGAAAUAACCUCACGUUUGAAUUACUACCUUACGAUGUUUAGUCACCGAAAUCGUUUUGCAGGAUACGAAAUCAGUGUUUUAAUUCUUUUGUCUAUUAUAAAUUCUCAAUUUGUUGAGUUAACGAACGAAGGUGGUUUCAAUAUGGAAAUAACUCGUGAGAACAUUGUGUGA